AGCUCUCUCUCCCUGCUGCAGUUCUGGGGCUGGGGCUGUGGGGCAGGGCCAGGCUGGGUUUGGUGCCUCUCCUCCCACCGCAGCAGGGCUGGGUUGGGACCAGGGGAGGGGUGCUUCUCCCCUGGCCGCGGCAGGUCUGGGGCUGGGGGAGAGGAAUCUCUCCCUGCCGCAGCCUGAGCACCUGCACGACGCUGUAUAGGCAGCUGCCCAGCUUAGAGGGAGCUGAGCCCCACACAGCUGCUUGGAGAGGUGAGAGCAACCAGCAGUUCUCUGCCCUGCCCCAGGCAGAGCAGCCUGGGGGUUACCCUAACCCGCACUCGGUGGGGACCCCACUCCUGCUGUGGACAGUUGGAGCACAGCCUGCAACAGCCACUGCCCCUUCCACUUCUGAUGUGCCCCUCUAAACCCCAACAUGCCACCUGCACCCAGGACUGUGGGAACGGUGAUGUGGGAACAUACUGGCUCUAUGCCCACUGGAGACUCCCCUCCCUCAAAGCAGGGGAAUCUCCAGCAGGUCUGGCGGGUGUUUCUGCUCUCAAUGCUGGCUGCGUGGUAUGGAUCAGAGAGUCUGCCCCAAAGUGUUGACUGUGGCCCCCUAACCCUUUUGGAAUCACGUGUCUGGCUGUAGGGGAACGACUCUGCUGUUGGCCGAUGACCGUGCACCCUGAUACUACAGCAAUGGGCAGGUACCAUAGACGUUUUUAAAAAAGCAAAUAAGUGCCCGAUACUGUCCCCACUGGAGUUAGUGGGAGUUUAACUUUCCCCUUGGUUGGAAGCAAGAUACACCCUGUAGUCCUUCCUGGGACACCAUCAGCUUAAACCUCAGGCUUCAGUCUGACCUGGGUUUGUGAUGUGCUACCAACAUGAGUGCCAUGCACACAGGAUCCCCAGCACCGAAAGAAAUUAGGGAGGAAAAAUCCUCUGGUCAGAUCUUUGUACAGUUGGUGACACUUUGUGUCUAGCUAGUGUUGCUGUUCCCAUUCUAGACAGCGAGUCACUUCUCCUGUUUGUGUGGGUCCUUCACACAGCAAUGAGGGGUGGGAAACAUUUGAAAGCUUAGGAAAGUGGGAUUGCAAAUCAACAGCAGUUGGCCGGGGCCUGACACUACUUUGAAAUUUUUAUCUGCAGUCAGCUCGACUUUGAGUCAACAGAGUCCCUUUAUUUUGGAGCUGCUGUCAAGUCCCUUUACCUACGGAGAGGCUCGGCAGUAGUAAUCAUGCUACUUUACCCCCCUCUGGUGUUUCUCUUUGGAGACUCUCAAAGGUUAAAUGGCGGAACGGAGGCUCCUUGUUCUCUUUGGCAGCCAGACUGGGACAGCUCAAGAUACAGCUGAGAGAAUUGGCAGGGAAGCCAAGCGACGCCACUUUCACUGCCGGGUAGAGGCCCUGGACAGUUACCUUGUGGUGCAGCUGAUCCAGGAGCUGCUGGUGGUAUUUGUGUGUGCAACCACCGGCCAAGGGGACCCGCCUGACAACAUGAAGAAUUUCUGGCGGUUUAUCUUCCGAAAGAACCUGUCCCCGGCCUCCCUUUGCCAGAUGGACUAUGCCGUGCUGGGCCUCGGAGACUCCUCCUAUCCCAAGUUUAAUUUUGUUGCAAAGAAGCUGCACAAGCGGCUGCUGCAGCUCGGGGCCAGCCCCAUCCUGCCAGUAGCCUUGGGAGACGACCAGCACGACUUGGGGUCGGAUGCAGUGGUUGAUCCCUGGCUACUGGACUUGUGGGGAAGGAUCCUACCCUUGUACCCUCUGCCUCCUGGCCUUGGCAUUAUCGGCCCUGAUGUCCUUUUACCCUCCAAGUUCACUCUGCAUUUUCUGGAGGAGCACUCCAGUGGCUGCGACGGGGGCCAGUCCCGGCAGGAGGCAGCCAGGCAGGCCCCCUCAGAGCUUCACCCCUUUGCUGCCCAGGUGGUGUCCAACCAGAGGGUCACGGCGGAAUCACACUUCCAGGAUGUCCGGCUCAUUGAGUUUGAUGUCACAGGCUCUGGGAUUGAGUACCGAGCGGGAGAUGUGCUGAUGGUCCAGCCCCGGAACGCCCCCGAGGACGUGCAGCAGUUCUGCCAGCUUCUGCGCCUGGAUCCAGAGAGAUGGUUUGUGCUGAAGCCCUCUGAGCCCGGAACCCCCCUUCCUGCCCACUUGCCGCAGCCAUGCACCAUCCAGCACCUGGUUGCCUGCUACCUGGACAUUUCCUGUGUUCCCCGUCGCUCUUUCUUCGAGCUCUUGUCCUGGUUCUCGCCAAACGAACUGGAGCGUGAGAAGCUGCAGGAAUUCAGCUCUGCGCAGGGCCAGGAGGAGCUCUGCAGCUACUGCAGCCGGCCCCGCAGGACCACCCUGGAGGUCCUCUGCGAUUUCCCUCACACCGCUUGUGCUGUUCCAGUUGACUACCUGCUGGACAUCAUCCCCCGGAUCCAGCCCCGUGCCUUUUCCAUCGCCUCCUCCAUGCUGGCUCUCCCCAACAGACUCCAGAUCCUCCUGGCUGUGGUGCAGUACAAGACUCGUCUCAGCAAACCCCGACGUGGCCUCUGCUCUACCUGGCUGGCAUCCCUCAACCCUCAGCAAGGGGAUGUCCGGGUGCCUCUGUGGGUGAAGAGGGGAGGAUUGAAGUUCCCUGCAGAGCCAGACACCCCCAUCAUCAUGAUUGGCCCAGGCACGGGAGUGGCACCCUUCAGAGCAGCCAUACAAGAGCGUGUUGCACAUGGCAGGAAGGGGAACUAUUUAUUUUUUGGCUGCCGCCAGAAAUCCAAGGACUUUUACUGCAGGGCUGAAUGGCAGGAGCUGGUGAAAAGCGGGCACUUGACUCUCUUUACAGCCUUCUCCAGGGACCAGGAGGAGAAGAUUUAUGUUCAGCACCGAAUUAGAGAGAACAAAGGACUGGUCUGGGAUCUACUGAGCCGUGGGAACGCUCACAUCUACCUGGCGGGGGUAGUGGUGCCUCAUGUAAGAGCAAAAGACAAGGAAUUACUUCCCCUAUUCUGCAGGGUAAGCCCUUGCGGAGCUAAGAAGCUCCCAUCAGCACGGGCUGCCGGGCGAGGCCCUAGCAGAGCGAAGUGGGCUCAGCCUGCCAUUGGCACAGCCGGCAGGUUCAGGAGCUGGCAGGAAGUGUUGUCAGGUAAAGUUGUAGGUCGGUUUGGUAGCUGGAAGCAGCUGGUUGGCGUUAGCCACCCUGCACACCUCUCCCUGUGGGAUCGCAGUAUUUAAUGAACUGAGAACACACAUUUCUGAGGGCCAUGCUCAUGGUAACUGAGCCCCUUGUACAGAACUCAGAAGUCCAGGGAUUUCCCCGAACAGAACAUACUGUGCUGAUGGCCAGAGGACCUGCCUAAGGGACUGGGAGCUAAGGAUCAAUUGCAAACUGAAUUCCAAUAGUCCCCACAGGGGAGAGAGCCUGAAUACAGUACCCCAACCGUGGUGACCUGAGGCUCUGUAGUGCAAGUGCGAGCCAGCAUUAUUACUAAGGAGAUGACGCAAAAAUACCUUCCCCCUCUCUAGCUCCUUGUGAGUUCCACCCGAGCACCCUGGCCCAUGUAACUCUGAGAUUGCUGGGGCCUAGACCACUUAGGGCCUUAUAAACAGCCAGAACCUUGACAGGCACACAGCAGUCAAUUGUCAACCAAUGCAGAGCCCACACAAUAUACCUGUCCGUGUGCCCCGGGCACAUCAUGCACCAGCUGAAGCUUUCAGCCCCAAACAGAGCUACAUUAAUCUGGCGGAGGGUGACAAAGACCCAAGUGAGCACAAUGUGGCCCACAUCUGAGACGAGAGAGGACAUCUGCCAGCUGCUGGCAGGGGCCACCGUUGCUGUGUGGGACUACAGGAGUGGAGAGACAGCCAGCGAGACCCUAAGACUUCCAGUCUCCUUGGCAACGUGUUCCUGGUGGUCACUGCCAGUUCCUUCAGACGGGUGUGCUUCUCUUUGCCAAUCAGUAUCCCGUCCAGCAUAGCAGUGGUACUGCAGCUCACAGUAUUUCAUCCAAGCCUGCCCACCUGGCCCUCCCUACACACACAGCCCUCUGGGAUCCCCAGGGUAAAGCCCAGGGAAAGGAAGAGCCCAACAUAAUCUUCAGAAAAGAACAAAGCUAUUAAGGCCACGUCUCAUAGGAGAGCCAAUCCGAUUCCAAAUCACCAGUAGCCCAUGUCAGUGCGCCAUGUCAGACAGAAGGAGCCAAUCCUCUGUGCUGUGGCUUAGGAAUAGGAGCUUUCCUAGCUCCUUAGAGUCUCCUGCCUCUCUGCGUUAGUUCCUGGGAGAAUGACUUUCUGGAGCAGCCUCCCUCACCUCUGGCCAGGCCUGCACGUGCUGCCUGACUCCAUCACUGCCUUGCAUCACAGCCAGGUUACACUCGUGAGCUUUGUCACUGGCUAAACGUUGCGCAGCUGCCUCGAAACAGCCCCUGAGAUCUCUGCCCAGAACCCAGUGCUCACGAAUUCUGAUCUGAGCCCAGUCAAAUCCCAACGGUUGUUAAUCAGAGAGUGGGGUCUAGUGGUGAGAUCAAGGACCUGGGCUUAUUCCUGGCUCUGCUGCUGACUCACUGGGUGGCCUGGGCCAAGUCACGUCGCCUGUCCACCUUCAUUCUCCCGUCUGUUGAAUGAGGGUAAUACUUGCUGUCUCGCACGCAGGGAAGUUACGUGGCAUUGCUGGUGUCUGUGAAGUGCUGUGAGGUCAGCGGGUGAAUGGGGCUAGGGAAGGCAGAUGUAAUGUCUGUCCAGCACCCGGAGCAUGUAAAGUGCUACGUUAACACGGAGCAUCGUUAGUUCUGUCCUCAUUAAUAGCAAUAGCAGGAGGGACUGUUCCUCCUCAGCUUCCUGCCAAUCCGCAACAAGAACAGGAACCUCUCCGCUGAUCCCGGGGGUGAGACUCCGCUGCAUUCCUGGAAGUACGCACUACGUCUUCCUUGGUCACCCAGGAAAUGCCUGGACUAAGCAUCCUCCCCAGGAAACUUCUCCUGCUGGCUGCCUGGAUGAGCAGGGUCAUCUGGCCGAAAACUGGAUGGUUCAGGGAGCAUUUCAGAACUCCAUCAUCCCAAAGAACAACUGGUCACCGUUUUCAAACGGAGGAGCCGAAACACAGCACCUGGCCCCAGCGCUAGGCACCCAAAGGGGAGGGAGACCUGUUUGCUGGAGGAUUGGGCAUGUGCCUUGUGUGUAUGGGCCCAGUGUCUGCAAGUCACCAGCAUCUGUCAGGGCUGCAUGUAUCCUGGCUGUCUUACUGCCCCUAACCCCAGGGCAGCCCCAGCCACUUCCUGCCACCCAUGUCCGUUAGUCUGGGCACUGCAGUGACCACCCCCUACUCCAUGUUUUGUCUUUCGAUGGUGGUUGGUGUUGCCAGACAGUCCCCAGAGUAGGUGUUCCAGUGGCCCACGCUCAUCGAUUCCCAGGCCAGUGGGGAACCCUGUUGUGACAUACCCCGGGCACAAUCUAGACGAGCGAGUAGCUGAGUCACCCCUGCCCUCUAACGUGGGCUGCCCUUUACACUGCUCUGCUGCUGCGGCAGCUCACAAACAGCCUCCAGAAGGUAAGUCACUCCCAGCUUCAGCCGUGUUACCUGCAGCCAGCCAGUCACGCCCAGGCUCUGCAUUAUACUUCAGGAUGACCCCAGCACACUCCCGGCCCCAGGCUUUCCCCAGAAAUGUGUGUCUUGUACUGCCCAGCCCUCCCCUGGGCAAGACAAGCUCAUAUAAAGUCUGUCAUUGUAUUAACAGAAAUUUUGAUAUGUACCAACCUUGCUACCCCAAAUGGAGUUUCCCAAACACUCCAAUUUAAACACACUGGCUUAGAUAAAACAAUAGAACAAGUUUAUUAACUACAAAGAAAUAGAUUUUAAGUAAAUACAAGUAAUGAGGCAUAAAAGCCAGAAAUGGUUACAAGAAAAAUAAUGAUAAAACGCAACUAAUGGCUAACUUAACAAACUCUGUUAAACUCAACUUGAAUUUUUUCUCACCACAUGCUCUCAACAGUCUUACUGGCCAAAUGUCUUAAGCCAAGACCCCUUCCUCUCUGUAAUGGCUGCGUCUGUUGAUCCUUCUGGUGCAGUGAAUCGAUGCACAGAAAGAGAGAGGAGGAGGGGAUCCAUUGAGGUGUCUGCCCCUUCUCUUAUCGUCCUGUCCUCUCUUUGAGAAGCAUGUCCUGCUGGGAGCACGGGGACGGGCAGACUCAGUGGACGGGAACUCCAUGCUGUUUCUCUGCUAAGAUAUAGAUUUUUCACACCAGCCCUCUUUCCUGCUAAAGAAUGGCCACUUAGCAGGUUGACUUAGCCCAUUGACCUUGUUUAUAGGUGGCAGAGGUGUCAGCUCGCCCUUUGUCUCCAAGGAACUGGUUUGGCUACUCCUCAGACUUGGAACAUGUGUGAGUAACACCAUACAGUGGAAUCUUCCAAAUUCACAUACAGUGUUGCCUCACCUAUUUUACUAGGACAAUAAUGACCAGCAAAUUAUGAGCUUUCAAAUGAUACCUUGCAAAGCAUGCUGUGUACAAAGAUUAUUACAAUAGUGGACAGGGGCAUAUUCUAGGGGUGACCAAACUGUGACUUGCGAGCUGCAUGCGGCUCUUUUACAGUUAAAGUACAGCUCGCAGAGCCCCUCACACCCCCCACCCAUUCUCCACCUACGAGACUUGCGGGAGCUUGGGACCUCUACCUUGCAGCAGGGUGGUGGGGUAGGGACUUCUGCCCAGCAAGGAGGGUGGUGGCGGGGCUUCAGCCCUGCGGGGUGCACCUGCAAGGCUUUAGGGCUUCAGCUGGAACAGAGCUGAAGCCCCAAGCCCUGGCUGGUGCCUCCUGCGGGGCAGAAGCCCCAAGCCCCAGCAGACAUGUCCCAGCUCUUGAAGUUCUGAAGAUUGUCAUAUGUGGCUUGGAGGGUCAGUAAGUUUGGCCACUCCAGGUAUAUUCUGUCACACCUAUCACCAUCCAUUCUGACCCGUAGAACGCAGGCCAUAGGACUGCCCUGAAUUAAUUCCUGUUUGAACCUAGUGAAGAUCUUUUAGAAAACUUCCCAACCUGGAUUUCAAAUUUUGAGGGUCAGGUUCAUUGACCAGCUGCUUGGCAGAGUUGCACAGGCCUAGACUCAGAAUGGUCUGAGAUACAAGAGAAAUCCCACAGUGUCUUUGACAUUCUGCAGCCCAAAGAAGUGGAUACAGCGGCCGUACCCAUAAAUGAGGGUACCGUAGACCCAGCAAAGGACCCUGGCUAACUCCUGCGGAAGGGCUGAUGGAAGGUAUUCAGUUCCGCAGAAAGGACUGCCCCCCAUCAUGGGAUACAGACAUCUGGCCAAGUCCAGGAAACAUCUGAAGUUCCAGACGGUGACACGAACCUCCCUCAUGCCCUCCUGAGAUCCUCCUCAGUAGCUCGUCAUUCUGGCCUUACAGGACAUCACGGUUCACCCAGCUCGCAGGGGGACCGUUGCUUCAGAGAAAGGGGCGGACAAUAUCAUCACCCAGUGCUACCAUACAGCCUGUCCGUGGUCCAAAGGGUCUUCACUGAAUGCCUGCCUGUAUGGGCAUUCUGCUCAGGACCCUGGGAGUCUGCAUAUCCACCCUGGAUGACUGACUGAUUCAAUGUAGAUUGUCUCAGGAGGCCUUUCAGCUCUUACAGUGGUCAGCAAAUUGAUUCCCUGCCAGAAUCCAUGCUGGUGCCUAACCAAAGCCAUGUGAGUUUAUAAGGGCGGCCAUGGACUCCAAACAAGCCAACACUCUCCUGCUAUCCUGACCCUCUUCUGCGAGCUACAGAAGAUCCGUGGCAGCCCUAGAUACCGCUAUCAUAUUCCACCGCCAAUUACUAAGUAGUGAGGGAUAUCUCCCACCUAACAAAUCCCUUUAGAGUGAUUUUGAUCAUCAAUUUCAGAGUAGCAGCCGUGUUAGUCUGUAUUCGCAAAAAGAAAAGGAGUGCUUGUGGCACCUUAGAGACUAA